GUUUUGAUGGGAACGCGGGAUUAACUUUUCCACGCCAAAACUGUGAGCGGACUUCGACGCAUCCCGAAAGAAGCUCGGUCCUGACCCCUUCUUUAGCCACUAUUGGCUGCAUUCGAUUGAAGGGCAUGACAGACAACAAUCAUGCUGCCCCACUGUGGAUCCAGCUAGAGGAUUCCAGCGAUCAGCUGAAUCUCUUUUCGGCUUGUCCUGUGUGCUUCUUGAGUGUCAUUGGUCCAAGCUCGUCGUCAACUGGGCCGAAAUGCAACGUGAUGGUGAUUUCUUGGCUGAUUGCUGCCGGAGGAGAUUGCCUCGUCAUGAGCAUGAACAAGCGAAGACACACAAGCACAAUGCUGAACAGUGGGUCCCCUGUUUGUUUGUCAAUUAUAGGGUCGCACAACGAGGAACUCGCCCUGAACGUCGGCAGCGUUUCGGGGCGGUGGGGAAAGAGCAAGUUCCCACAAGACUAUUCCAAUGAUAAGGACCAGCAGACAAAAACACGUGACAGCAACAAUGACAAGACGUAUGCUUCUCGGGGCGACCAAGCUCGCAUGAGUAAACGCGCCAAAAAGAGGCAACGCUUCGAAAUGGGGAUUCCCGGGUUGCGCAGAGAGAAACAAGGAAAGGAAGGGAAGGAAGCAGAAACGUUUGCUAUAGAGGGCACUCUCGCUCACAUCCACUGUCAAGUUGUGAGUAAAGAGGAAUCCAUCAUCGAUGACGAACACUACUUUGUACGAGUGGCGAUGCUACGUGCAUUCGUAAGAACGGCUCACUGGGAUCCGGACACAAAGAUAUUUGCUCCCAAGUCCUUGGAACAUUCCUCUACUUCGAGUUUCUUGGGAUCCCAGUCCUUUGGGUACGUUGUGAGGAAUCCACCAACAAUCGACAACGCCAAGUUACCUGUACAUUCCAAAUUGCCACAACAAAAUUCAGCACUGAAGUGUACUGGAAACCAUCCGAAGGAAGCAGAGUCUGCUUGGAUUCAGCUAGACGAUGGGAAGCAGUUUAGCCGGCUGCUUUACCCCAACCCGUUAUGCCUACUGGUGUUCAACGGCCAUGAGGAUCGUGACAAGGAAGGCGCUGCCAACACCGUCGUCCUAGAACGGGUGACAGCCACAAACAACACCGGGUCGUUCAUGUUUUGCAUUCCAACACAAGCAAACAUCAAGGCGUCUUCCGUACGGGUGGGGAUGCAAGUAGUGCUCGACGGAGCUUCUUGUUGUCAGUGCCAGUUCAGGGGAUGGAAGGUGUAGUGAAAACAGUCAAGGAUUGUGACAGGGUUGAAUGCUCAAUCGGCCAAGAUGAUAAAACCAAACCGGAAACACCAGAAGCUGCUGCAGGCAGGAUUUCUUGGCAACCCAUCUUGACCGACGAUCCAAAAUGGCCGCAUCAACAAGGGAUUGCAGGUUGCAUUGCUCACAUGCACUGUCGAGUAUACAAAGUCGUGCGAACCGAUAAAGGCACCAACGCAGCCAUGGUGGUCUUUGCCAACAUUGAAGAUGCCUUGGUCCAUUCCAACUAUUGGGAUAAGGAGAAAAACAGAUUCGUCCCCAAGGUUGGUUUUGGAACGUACAUGAAAAGACUCGGAAGAGAUUCGUUUGGCUAUGUUUCCGCAAUCAAAACAGAUUGCUCCAGGCAACCAAAAUAGCUUACUUAGUCCUGACAUACGUCAAACCUAGGCAUUGGCUAUUGGCAGCCGUUCAAAGUUACGAAUAAGAAAUGGUAGUGACAAGCCAAAUCCACAAAACCAACACAUCGUUACAGAUACCAACUCUCUAUCAAUGCUCAUAACAUUAGAUCAUGCUCAUUCAACCCAGAGAUCUGAUGCUAGAAGUCUAUGGAAUUUGCCAUUCUAUAGACUCCAGAGGCUGUGAAGCUUUGCGUUUGAUUCUGGUGCUUCUUCUGGGUCUGGCAACCUGUUUGACCCCUGCUGAGACACUCCACAUUCCAUGUGCUCCACCGGGGGAAACAGAGGCUUCGCGCUUGAGUCUGGGGCUUCUUCUGGGUCUGGCAACCCGUAUAGUCACAGCUGAUACACUCCAUUUUCCAGGUGCUUCCCUUAAGAGCCCAUAGAGCAACGAGAUGGCUGAUGUCCAUGUAGGAUGCUCUGGUUCACUUCGCUGGGCUGCUUGUGCCAGAUUAUCGAAAAUUUCUAUCAAGUGUGUCUCUGGGUUUUGCACCAGAGACCUUCCAUAUCGGUUGAGUGUUGUGUAGUAAUCAAUAUCUCUUUGUUUCUUGGAUCUAUUGGAGCAAUCUUCAUAUGCAGGA